CGAGUAUUUGGGAACAAACACAAUAAGCAGCAUACAAAAAUGAAUGCAACACUUUCUGGUCAGUUCUUUUAUCCAUAACUAACUUCUCGGGUACAGUGAAUGAAGGUCAAAGAAGCCUGAUGCGCAAAUAAUAACAAGCUUAAUGUUACGGGUCAUGAGAUACGGGUCAGGGUCUACAUGACAUGGUUGACUCAGUUGACCGCCUGCCCUCAGAAGAAGUGCUUGGUACGUCCCACAAAAUUUGCAUCUUUGAAUUGAUACUUGUGCGAUAAAGAAUUACGAUAAGUCGAUUGUUAUUUAUUACAGCAAGAAAAUUGCCACCUACCACUAAUUAUCGACGAAAUCUGGUAUACUUCCCUUUUUAUUUAGAAGCUUGAUUUGAACAACGACGGUAAUGGUUGCUUUUCUGAUAAGUUAACAGGGAGUGUUUUAUGGAGUUUGAGCUUGGUUUGAAGACUGAAACUAAAGCUUAGCACUAAGGCUGGUCCAAGGCAGAUGACCCGCAUGAUUUUGACCUCAUUGACCUCGUUGGGUUCAUAAAUCGGUGAGCUAGUUUUUUUGUUGGAAUGAACAGGCGACAAUACAGCGUUUAUUACUCACCCUAGCCUAAUGAAAAUCAGGGGUUUGUUAUGUCUUGUAAAAAAAAAAGAUCGAAGAUUGUCAAUUUAUUGUCAUAGAGGAGACUUAAAAAAUGUGGCUCUUCAAACGGCUUAGCUUGACUGAGCAGUUUCUGUUAGGUCGGAAGCAGAGACCAUGACCUGGUGCGUUGGUGAUAUUGUCCGCUUAAGAGACGAGCUGUUAAACUUCAGUAAUUGUAGACAAUUGACAAGGAUUAAAGACUGGUUCAAAGAAGUUUUUCUGACAUCUUUUCAUUCGUUUGAUUUUUCUCGUCUUAACCACCUGCUGAUUUAUGAGCCAUAACUGUAAAACCACCCGUAUCAUCACAAAAAGACACUGAAAGCACGCAUGCGCUUCAAGGUAAGCCGCUGACAAAAACAAUUAAUCUAAACAUUCAACAGCCGCUGUAAACCAAUCCUUGCUGGCUGAUACUAUAACACUAAGUUAUACGGUCUAGGAUGCCUUGCUUGCUUAGAAAAUUGAAGAAUAAUGUGUAAAUAUGAUUCCUCGUCAUAUGGCGGCUUAUGGACGCUGGCUUCAUGUGUCUUUCUUGUGCCUUGUUGGAUUCGCUGCGCUCUCACUUAUAUUUCUUAUCAAACAAGAUUUUCUGCAUCCUUUGUUACAAGGCUGGAGAUACGGGGGAGAUUUCAACCCUGAUAUAAAUUCGACAAGUAAUAAUUACACAGCAGAACCUAAGCCAUGUAAGCUUAACGCAAUGGCCAACGUCUUGCUGAUCAUCGCCUUCAUGGAUACGUCUUACCACAAGAUAUCCGUAUUAGAAAAACUGUACAGAGAACACUUUCCUAACAUUGUGUACUGCGGACCACAGAAAGCACGAACGUUAGAAGGGCUUGAAAUCUUAGUUGCGCAUGUGCAACAUGGUAUCACCGCUUACAACUGCAUCACUGGCGCAAUGGAUCUACAUCCGCAUCACAAGGGAUAUUUGUUUAUAAAAAGUUCGGUCUUUGUGAACUACUGGCGUCUUGCUGAGCUUGAUUUGAACGUAUUAUGGCGCGAGUCGAUGCUAAGCGGUCAGACCAUGUUUGAGCAAUCACGUGACCCAUGGAUCUGGUGGUACACGCCAUGGGGGCUUAAAGCUUGCGAGAAAGUAUUUAAGCGUAUGAUAGCAAUAAAUGCAGAAGGGAAAGCACGCAGAACUAAACAAAAGGACGCCUUGAAACAAAACGUUGACUUGGAUGUACAAAACUCACUCAAUGCCCUUUUAUGGAAUGGGCGAGGAAGUUAUAAAUGUUACUAUGGUAACAGCAAUGUGAUCUACAUACCAGGGAAGCUUGUGCCGGGUGUUCAGGCUCUUCUUGGUUUGUUUGAGGAGUUUCAAGUUUACGUGGAUAUAACCUUAGCUACCGUGAUACAGAUGCUGGAGUUGGACCAUAAGGUUGUGCAGUUACAAGGUGUUGAUUUGGGAGCAAUGUAUGGAGAAGAAAGGGCAUCUAGAGAUCGCAGCUUAUUCUGGAGCCAUCUAAACUCCUCUGUGGUCUACACAAAACCCCUGGGGGUACCAGCGACAGCUAGAGGCCAAUCACUGGCUGGCAGUCUCUUGGAGCGCAUGCGUAAUAAAGAAAAUUGUACAGACAAUAGACAGAGUAGAACUGACCUCUUACGUUAUUUUAUGAAAAAUCAGUAAGUGUAACAUAAACUAAAAAAGAAUAAUUAAAAAUGUUUUUUUUAAUAAGAAUAUAAAAGUCUGCUCGGUGUCCCUUAUACUGUUUGGAAAACAAUAAUAUGCAUUAAGCAUUGAGUUACUAACAUUUAAAUAGACGAAAGCUCAUGUUUACAAGUAUUUGAAUAUACCUAAUUUUUUCGAGCAAUAAUACUUUUAUUAUGAAAAAAAAAAUCUGGUGAUUUCUUCGGAGAAUGGGUAACCAACCUAUAUAGCAAGCUCCGGCGCUAAGGAUUUUUAGGUCAGCGGUUAACAUUGCCUCGUCUGUUGGUCUGAUGAUCGGAUCAUGUAUUUCCAAUAACGUACCUGUCACACAUUAACCGGUAUCUGUGAAUGUGCUGCUUCUAAGCAAGGAAUCAUAUGAUACAUUCACUCUCCUCUCAACAAAAUAGCUAUCGCGCUACUAUUACGCCAA